AUGGACUUCGAGUACUCUCCCCACCGUUCAGCCGGAGGCACUCUGCACAUGCUCUCACCCACACACCCUCAAUACUCCAUCGACGCGUUUCCCUCCAUCAAGCAAAUUCGCCGCUCUCUGUCGCGUUCUCCCUCGAAGCCGUCGCGUUACCAUCUGGUCUCAAGGUCUCCCAAGAAGUCUCCUCCACGCUCUGGUCUGUCGCGUGCAUUGAGUGCAAACACUGGCGCCGAUUCUUCACUCAAAAACAAGCUAUUACUACGACGGAACGCGCCUGUUCGCGCCAAUGCGCGCAAGGAAACGCCGAACACUUUGAGACGCGCCUUGAGUGACGCCAGCAGCCAAGCAAACACUGUAACCAUGGAACUUACUCAACAACCUACUCCCGGUGACCAGGAAAACUCGUAUCUGACUUCACCUACCUCGAGGCACCUGGAAGUGCCUCGCGAUGCUCGCUUCGAAGUCGACGAUGAGCCCAUCAAGUUCGACUUCCUCAAAGGACGCAACAGCUUAUCAGUGGCCAUGAGUGGAACUCCGGCAAAGUCCAGCCCUCUCAAACGCAGUGAUGGUGUUAUGAACCUUGACCAGGUCAACCUCGGUAGUCCCAGAGCUAAGAGACGUAGUUUGCACAGCGCCUCUCUCGGCAUCGACUUCGACGUCUUUGAACAGGCUUUUGAGAGUGCGAACAAUGGCUUCAGCGACGAUGAACUUACACCUGUGUCACCGGUGCGUCAGCGAUCUCCUCAGCGCACCAAGCCUUUCAGUCUCAGAAGAACCACUCUCCAGCAACGAGUGAUUGGUGCACCUCGCGCCAGGCCUCAUUCAGACUUGAGCGAGUCUCCCAGUGGUCACUCAAAGGCAAGAGCCAGAAUGUCUCUUGAUGGCUCGCUACCUCUCCGUGGACUCGAGCCCUCGUUUCAUCUCCCACCCCCAGAGCAAAAGACCAUUUCUCGCUCAGCACCGAAGCCCCACCCUCUCUCCAAGGCACUGAGCCCCUCAUCCUCGGCAUCGAGUCUCGGUGAUGACACGCCACGACUAUCGCCCAAAAAGCCACAAUUCUCUGGACCCUACCCCGGCUUUUCCAAGAGUCUGCCCAUCGGGGCGCUCAGACCAAAGCCACACACCGACUCCAGUGACUCGAGCGAUUCGUUCGAGACGCCCGAAGCCUACAAAAUGGCAAAGCCAUUGCCACAGGCUUUCAUGUCGACCGGCUUGAUCUCUAAGCGUAAUCGAAAUGUCGACCUCCCUCAGUCUUCAUUUGGUAGCAGCAUGAACAUGCCCGACACACCUUCGAAAAAGACCAUUCUGCCUCACCUUGGUGGUGGCACUCCUGCACCAGCAGCUAACUUUGGCAAAUUCUCUCGCCCACUGCACGAAUUUGGCUCUCCUACGACCCCAUGGAGCCCGCACCCCGUUCAAGCAUCGCCCGAGUCGUUCGGAAAGGGCGUGAACAUUUUCGGUGUUGGCUGUGCUUCCGGCAAGUCAAACCGACGCAGCAGCUUCCUGAGCAUUGCCGACGAAGACCUGACCAAGUCACCCCUCGGCCACAUGGAUGUACAAGCCAGUGGUGAUGAGAUGCCACCAACCCCCACCAAAGCCGCCUCUUCUGGAUCUACAACUAUUCGACCAACGUCAAAGGGUAAAGGAAACAGCUUGCGAAGCUCCUUAUUCGGACGCAGAUCAUCAAUUGCACCCGACACUUUCACAGCUCCAAACUUUGAGGACCAGCAGCCAGCAAAUGACUACUCGAACCUGCCGCCAAAGACUCCACAAGAGAGCUUCACCCCACCAGAUCCUAGCGGCCUGUCUAUCUCUGGUGAGCAUCGUGGACCAGUCUUGUUCGGUAUGAGCGGUCUGCAAAGCUCAAACAGUUUCCCACCCGCUACUCCCACUGGACCGAGAGAUUCGGGCAUGAACUUUGGUGGAAGUAUCAGACCUGGUGCAUUCGGAGCAUCGGUCUCGGGCUUCUUUGCAAACGAUGUCGACACCGCACUGACAUCGCGCUUUGAGAGUGUUCAGGCAGUUGGUGUCGGAGAAUUUUCUCAAGUUUACCGCGUUUCGAAGCCUGUUGUUGGCAGCCCAGCAGCUGGGUUUGCACGCAAGGUCGGCAAUGUCUGGGCUGUGAAAAAGUCGAAGAAGCCAUAUCUUGGUGUCAAGGAUCGUGAUAACAAGAUGAGGGAAGUCCAUGUUCUCCAGGCUCUCCGUGGCAACGAACACAUCCUCGAUCUCUGCGACUCGUGGGAGUCGAAGAACCACCUCUAUAUCCAGACUGAGUUCUGUGAAAACGGCAACCUCAAGGACUUCCUCACCCAAACUGGAUUCAAGGGCCGCUUGGAUGAUUUCCGCAUCUGGAAGAUCUUGCUCGAGAUGUCUCAGGGCGUCAAGUGCAUCCAUGAUGCUGGAUUCAUCCACCUCGAUCUCAAACCAGCCAAUGUGUUGAUCGACUGGGAAGGUGUGUUGAAGAUUGCCGACUUUGGCAUGGCCACAACAUGGCCUGCACCUAGACACAUUGAGGGCGAGGGAGACCGCGAGUACAUCGGUCCUGAGGUGCUCUCCGGCAAGUUCGACAAGCCUGCCGACAUGUUCUCCCUGGGCAUGAUCAUGCUUGAGAUUGCUGGAAACAUUGUCCUCCCUGACAACGGCUUGCACUGGCAAAGACUCCGUAGCGGCGACCUCAGCGAUGUCCCGAGCCUCACAUGGAGUUCCGAGAACAGCCUCCCUAGGUAUGAGUCUGGCGAGCCUAUGGUCGAUGACAACGAGGAGACUAUUCGAUUCGACGACGACAUGGAUUUGGGCAACCAGCCUCCCACAGCUGGCCAUCGAAGGAGAGAACUGGCCCAACCACCCAAUUUCAUGAUCGAUCCCAACGACAGCGAGGCACUAGACAAGGUAGUCGAGUGGAUGAUUCACCCAUCACCCGAACAAAGACCGGUGAUUGAUGAACUCCUCAGCUGCGGUGGAGUACAAUGGGUCGAACAACGAAGACGUGCUGGUGCCACCGUCUACGAGGGCAACUGGGGACCAGCAGACGACGUUCUUAAUGCUGGUCACGACAUCGACAUGGUUGACAUUUAA